CCCAUUUCUGCCGGGACCGCCGCCGCGCUCCCCCUCCCCCCCCCGCGGCGCGCAGGAACGGCAGCCUCAGCCCCGCGCCGCGGCCAACGGCCCGGCCCCCAGGGGCCGCCUCGCCCCCGCCCCUUUCCAGCCCUCCGAUUGGCCCGAGCGGAGCUGCUCCGCGCUGCGCUCACCGAGAGGGCUCCGCCGACAUUCUGUUUGCGGAAGUGACGCGCGCCGAAUGCGCGCGUUACACACGUUACCACCGCUGGGGAGUGGGGGGCCAAUGGGAGGUAUGCGGAGGGGGAGGGCCCCGGCCGCACGCCCUGGACGUCACUCGGGCUGUGCCGGACUACCAGGAGGCCUUGCGCGGGGCAUGCGCAGCGCGAUCAGCUGGGGGGCGGGGCGCGGCUGGUAUUGGCGCAUGUUCCUGUGGCUCGGGGGCCCAGGCGCGCCUGCUCACGCGGGACCUCGGGCAGGACCGACGGCGUCUCCGGCAGGUGCAAAGUGAUAGGACAAAGGGCCCCCUGUUUUCUGCACAUCUUUCAAAGAUCAGACGCAUGGAUCUUCUCAUUAGAAUUUGUAACCAGCUAUCACCCUUCAUCAAAAUUCAAAGGAAUUUAAUCCAGACCAUGUUCCAGCCAAUGCAUAGGACAUGUUGGGUACUACAUCGCACCAAUAUAUACCAGUGCUUAAAAGGAAAACCAGUUUUGCCUUGGACUAGAUGCCUUCGAAAACAGUAUCUACAUGCAUCUGCUGCACUUUUUGUUUUAAACAAAAGUAAACUGUUGCGUAUGUUCUCAUCCCAACCAGAAGAUACUCGCCACAAAGAAUUAAAGGAAAAAAGUCCUUUGAAUCCAUCCAGGGAUGCACAUAGGGGAGGUGCUGCUGAACCAAGUUCUUUAGAAGCUGACCCACUAGAAGACAAAUCACUUGGUCUUGCUCAGAGGUUCAAGAAGAUUUUAAAACAGUAUGGAAAGGUUGUGAUUCCAGUGCAUACCGUGACUUACGGCAUAUGGUUUGGAUCCUUUUACUAUGCAGCUAUGCAAGGCAUGAAUGUUGUUCCUAUCCUAGAAGUUAUUGGCCUACCAGAAAGCAUAAUAAGUCUUCUGAAAAAUUCUGAGACUGGAAAUGUACUAACUGCAUAUACCUUAUGUAAGAUUGCAUCUCCUGCCAGAUACAUCGUGACUUUGGGAACAACGUCCAUUGCUAUCAAGUAUCUUCGCAAGUAUGGCUACCUGUCCAGACCACCUCCAGUAAAGGGAUACCUGCACGACAGGAUGGAAGAAACGAAAGAGCUUCUCUCAGGGAAGAUGGAGGAAACCAGGGAUAAAAUAACAGAGAAAAUGGAGGAAACCAGGGAUAAAAUAACGGAGAAAAUGGAGGAAACCAAGGAUAAAAUAACGGAGAAAAUGGAGGAAACGAAGGAUAAAAUAACGGAGAAAAUACAAGAAACCAAAGAAAAAGUUUCAUUUAAAAAAAGAAAUGAAUAGGCAGAUGCUCUAACUUGUUUGUCUAAAACUUACACACUUUAACCUUAUGGAGAGUCUGCAUGUAAAGAAGCAUGUAUCCUCCUGAUCUUUGGAUACCUAGAGAAUACCAUGUUUUAAGGGUUAAAGAUUUCUGUAAACUGUUCAAGGCUAGAGUUAACUUUAAAAAGUCCAAGAAAAUGAAACCAGUUUUAGAAAUUCUCUGUGUAGUGUAGUGGUCACUGCUGCUAAAUCAAGAUGCUUCUCCAAGAUCCACAAUAUUAUUUUGCUCUUAGGUAGGGACCAUCAUUUUGUCACUCAGUCCUCUAGGCCACAAGAGGAAAGAUUUCUCUUCCAAAGAAACCUUGUAGCUUAGUUUUCAGUUAUAGAUAUGCAUAGAGGUCUCUAUAACCCCUGUUGUCUCUUAACUUUGAGGCAAACUAUUGUCAAUUAUGCUGCAAAUGAAUGAGCUACUGGGCCAAAUUACCCACAGGUGUAAGUUGCUAUCGCAGCUUUGGUUUCAGUUAAGCUCUGACAAGUUACAAGUUAUGGAUCUGGGCCCUUGUUUUUAAAAAUUGUCUCUCCAGAUUUUCAGAAGUCUUUCCUCUGAAAAGCUAUAGUAAGAUAAGUUCAUCACAACUGCUACAUGUUUAGUUAUAUUCUGUUUUUUUAUAUGAAGUUGAAUUAAAAUUGAGAAUGUCAUAGAACUGAAUAAAUGGACUAAUUAUACCUGUAUACUAGCUAAAUCAAAUCUGGCAUCUUUUCUUUUAUAAUUAUGCAGUCACUUUAGAGAGGUAUUCAGCUUCACGGUUGCUUCACGACAAUAAAAUUAAGUUGAAGAGGGAGAAGUCCUCACCUACUACUGGAGUGUCAACAAGAUGGCUUUUAGGAAACAUUUUUCUGGAUUUUGAGGCAGACCUAUGUGUUGUUCACCUUGCACGAGAAUAUCACUGAUUUACCACAAUAUGAUGGUUUGCAUAUGUAAAAUGAGUAGGAUUCUAAUGACAGUAAACUCUGAAUCUGCCAUGCUGUCCCCUUGGUUUUUGAUUAACCUGAAAGGUUGGGUUUUAAUUCACACUUCAAUAGUUGGUCUAAAUACUGGUCCAUCAUAGAAAGACUAAGGCUGAAGCCAUACACCAUCUCACUACAAAGAUGCACUCAUUUAGUGUUAGCCCACAAACAAGAAAGGAAAUGGCUUUUUGGUUUAUAUUAGGCAUCUAUGUCAUUUCUAUUACAAAUAUAAUUUCCUAGCCAGAUGUCUGUUGCCUCUGCAUAUUUCACAAAAUAUUUUUAUUAAAGAAAGGCAAAGGAAUUAGCAGGAUAUACUGACUGUGGGGGUCAGAGUAAGAGUUUCUAAUUCUGACUCCAUUAUCAGUUCUGCCUGAUUUGUUUUCUGGUGUUGAUAGUGUCACUUAAAGCUUGAAUCAUUGACAUCAGAUAUUGAGCUUCCACUAGCUUAAUGACUCAAAAUCAGCCCCUCAACUGCCCUACCUCAGUUUUACCAUCUGUCAAAUAGUGACUAAUUGAUAUAAUGGUUUCUACCCUACAAGGGGUGUUGUGAGGCAUGAUCGGGGGGGUUACCGUGUUUAUCAAAUGCCAUGGCCCCAGUAAGUGGUAUUGAAUGUUUGGGUCUUUUUGACAAUGUUGCUGAAUGGGUGGUGCUAGAACUGUAGGGUGUUUUUGAAAUAACUAAUUUUGAUCUGUCACUUGCAUAUGUAAAAACCAAGUUCAAACUCAGUUCAGCAACAGUCAUAUACUAGCAGUUGCUAAUAAAACAGUAUGUGUCCUUACUGUU